AUGAUGCAAUUGGGGAUUUCAAACCCAGACCCUUCUGGUGAACCCUUCACCAACAGCUCUGUCCUGUUCUCACGGAACACAUCUUCGUACGCUCACCUCGCAAUAACUCUGCAAGAGCUGUCUGCUAACAUGGCUGAACAGUACCCACAUCACUACUGCUAUCAGUGGGCCCAGACGCCCGCCCUACUCGCCGUGUUCUCCUCAGCCUGCCACCUGGGUCCGCAGAAGACAAUCAGGGACCUGGGUGGCGGGCAGCUGCCCACGCCAACGGCAGCGCUGACAGCUCCGGCAACGCUGGCAGCGCCAACAACGGCGCUGGCUCUCUCCCUGCGUGUUACUCUUUUGGCCGCUGCCCGGGUCAUCCCCAGACACCGACACUCCACAGCUCUCCGAGGACCCGGGUGGCGGCCUCCAGGCCACAAACCCCUGCGACGUCAGGGCCCUAGGUUUCGGCCACCACCACUACUGUCCAUCCAUCCUCCCGCCGCCGCCAGGGUCCCGUCCUUCGAGGUUGGCCACAACAAAUCCUCCCUCUCGACCCUGGCGGCGGCUCACAUAAUGGCCAGGCUCCGAUGCUACCUCACGUGGGCUGGCUGGGUUCUCAAACAACACAACUCCGCGCACCAUUAG